CAAAUAAUUAACCAAAACCCAUGAGCGGAAAAACACCCCCGAAAAAUUCAGUCAAUCAGAAAAAUAAUUGCGCUAUUCAAUUUUCAACGCGAAAACUCGCGAUAAUCAGUGAAAAUUCAAUCACCAAAAAAAAAAAUUAAAAAAUCGUUAGAAACUUUCACGUAGAAAAAUAAUAAAGCUGUGAAAGAUAUUAUUCUGGGGUUUUUAAUUGAGAAAAUUGAGGAAAAAAUAUGAAUAAGGAUUGGGUGCAAGACAUUGUCAAUGUCUCCUGCUCUUCCUGGGUCUUGCUCUUGGCUACGCUAAUCGGAUAUGCAUGUCAAUAGCUGUUGUUGCAAUCGAGAAAGAAGAAGAUGGACUGGAUUCAGGAAAUGUUGGGACAAUUCUGAGUUCAUUCUUCUGGGGUUACACAGUGAUGCAGAUACCAUCUGGUUACUUGGCAAGAAUAUGGAGUGCCAAAAUGGUUUUAGGAAUUGGUAUACUGAUAAAUGGUCUCGGUGGUCUUUUAUGUCCAAUAGUAUUUGAUGAAGGUGGCUGGAUAUAUCUGUGUGGAUGCAGAGUUAUCAUGGGACUGUGUCAGGCCUGUCUUCUGCCCUGUAUUCAUACUCUUCUCUCAAAAUGGGUGCCACCGAACGAACGCGGACGACUGGGUACUAUCACCUACGCUGGAGCACAAUUUGGCACUGUCAUCUCGUACCCAAUAUCUGGGGCUCUGAUUGAUGCCGCUGGAUGGAGAAGUGUCUUUUAUUUCUUCGGUGCUGCUGCCAUCACUUGGUCAUUAAUUUUCCUCUUCAUCGGCUCUGAUUCACCAACUGCAUCAGCUGAGAAAGCCUUCUGUGGUAUCAGCGAGCACGAGAGAAAAUACAUCGAGAGUAGUCUCGGAGUUUUUGAAGAGCACAAUGCCGAUGACGAUCGCAGGACUUCAAGAACACCCUGGCGAGCCAUAUUAACUAGUGUACCAUUCUGGGCACUUGUCAUUGUUCAUUGCGGACAGAAUUGGGGAUUCUGGAUGCUUCUGACUGAAAUGCCUAUUUAUAUGGCUGGAGUUCUCGGUUUCGAUAUCAAAGAGAAUGGAUUGAAAUCUGCACUUCCUUACGUAACGAUGUUGAUCCUGACGUUCCCAGUGAGUUGGCUGUCAGAUUUUGGUGAGAGAAGAGGAAUAUCUCGUGGAUUACUACGAAAAAUCUGCAAUACAAUUGGCCACUGGGGCCCAGGUAUCGCUCUCGUUGGCAUCUGCUUCGUACCACCUGGUGACACAACUUUACCAGUUGUUCUUCUCAUUCUGGCUGGUGGAUUAAAUGUCGGAGCUAUCUGCGGAUUUCAGAUCAAUCACAUGGAUCUCAGUCCCAAAUACGCUGGACUCCUGGUGUCAUUCACAAACUGCGCAGCAUCAGUCGUCGCCUUGCUAGCACCUCUGAUUGUUGGAGCCAUGGUUCCUGACUCGGAAAGUGCGGAUCAGUGGUCAAUUGUUUUCUACAUGUCCGGUGGCAUUUACUUCCUGGGGAAUCUCAUCUUCAUACUGUUUGGAAGUGGCAAGACCCAGUGGUGGGAUAACAGUGAAAACAAACAUGACGACAUGUUCUUGAGGCCUCGUGCAUCCUCAAUCGUCAUUGGUGAUGCAAUGGCACCUUGAAAAUAAUCAUUAAAUAGUGUGCACCCUCGAUCCUCUCCUCUUGGAAAAAAUACAAAGUCAAAAACCAGAGGAAAUAUAUAAUCAUAUCAUAUACAUAUACCAUUAAAAAUGGUGGAAAUAAUUUCUACAGUGUAGAAUUGACAUGCCAUUUUUUGAGAUUUUUUUCUUCAUGAUAUCACUCUUAAAAUUUUAAUCAGAAAUUGCAGCGCAUUUUGUAAUUAUACGUUUUUUUUUUACGAU